AUGUGUCAUAAAAACAUCCCGAGGUGGAAUCCGCUACACGGACGCACUUUGUCGUUACCGUCUGGAAGUCUGUAUUUCCCGGUUUGAAGCCUCCCGGUCACAGACACACACCAUGCCCGGGUUCAGGUAACCAUCCCCGGUACUGCUACUGCCUCUUCAGCCGGCUGAGGGACGGAGCAGGACGGAUACACGCAGAUGGAGAGGCCGGGGAGACUGCUGCUGGUGUCCGAGCUUCGCGUUCGAAACGCGGCGUACGAUGUGAGCCUGAGCCGGUCCCUACUCACCUGGAAGAGACGAGUAUCCAGCCCGGUGUACCACCCCUUCAGACCCAGUGUUUGUCACAGCGUGCCAGUGUCAGAGGUCAUCUCUGUCCGCGAGGAAGAGGAGGAGACGAGCAGCGGACGAAGAGAAGACGAUGGCAGCUGGAAGAAGAUCAAAGAGAGAGAGGGGAAGGACUGCAGGCAGGCCUUCACAGUGAUGUAUGUGGAGAGGAGUCGGCAGCACCGCUGGCGGUGUGCUGAGGUCACCUUCACCUGUCCAGAGGAGGCGCUGUGUCAACGCUGGGUCGGCAGCAUCAGAGAUCAGAUCGCCGCCAUCACGAGCAGACCCAAACACCUGCUGGUCUACAUCAACCCGUUCAGCGGGAAGAAGCAGGGCAAACACGUCUAUGAGCAGAAGGUGGCGCCGCUCUUCGCCCAGGCUGGCAUCUCCACAGACGUCAUCGUGACGCAGUACGCCAAUAAUGCAAGAGACCACCUGAGGACGGAGGCGGAGCUUAAGAAGUUUGACGGAGUGGUGUGUGUCGGAGGCGACGGCAUGUUCAGUGAGAUCAUCCACGGGCUGAUCUGGAGGAUACAGAUCGACGGCGGCGUUGAUCCAAACUGUCCGGAUGAAACUCUCGCUGCCUGCUCGCUCCGCAUUGGAAUCAUACCUGCAGGUUCAACAGACUGCAUCUGCUUCGCCACCGUGGGCACGAACGACCCCGUGACCUCCGCGCUGCACAUCAUAGUCGGAGACGCACAGCCGAUGGACGUGUGCUCGGUUCACCACAACAACACCUUCCUGCGGUACUCCGUGUCCCUGCUGGGAUACGGCUUCUACGGCGACGUGCUGACUGACAGCGAGAGGAAGAGAUGGAUGGGACCGGCCAGAUACGACCUCUCAGGUCUGAAGAUGUUCCUGACUCAUCAUCACUAUGAGGGAACUGUGUCCUACCUACCAGCCAGAGGCAUCAUGGGAACCCCGCGGGAUGCCGCCAAGUGUCGAUCCGGAUGUGCUGUUUGCCAGCACAACGGGGAGAUGCUUUCAGAGAGAGCUGAGAGGUACGAGAUGGGCGAAGCAUCAGACAGCGAGAGUGACGGUGAGUGGAGGACGAUCCGAGGGAAGUUCUUGGCGAUAAACGCUGCCAGUAUGAGCUGUGCUUGUCCUCGCAGCCCCAAAGGCCUCUCGCCUGCUGCUCACCUGGCCGACGGCACCACUGACCUCAUCCUGGUGCGGAAAUGCUCCCGCUUCGACUUCCUCAGGCACCUCCUGAGACACACCAGCAAAGACGACCAGUUUGACAUGACCUUUGUCGAGGUCCACCGGGUCCACCGUUUCCGCUUCACACCGCGUCACUGCCAAAGCGACUCGGACCUGGAGCUGGAUCUGCGGGAGCACGGCAAACGCCAGAUCUUCAGUCAGAUAUGCCGAGACCACCCGGCUUGUGGCUGCACCCCCGCCUACAGCAGCUGGAACUGCGAUGGCGAGAUCCUGACCCACACAGCCAUCGAUGUCAGAGUGCACUGCCAGUUGAUCAAGCUGUUCGCACGAGGGAUCGAAGAACCAACGGUGUUCGAGGAUCUCACCAACCCCUGUGCAAUAUAAACCCCACCCCCCUUUAGUCCCUGCAACACUGGAGUCUCCUUCGUGUUUGUAGCCUCUGCCUACGUCACUGCUGUUGCUGCCGUCAUUUAAUACUCAUCACUUCAGCUGUUACACGAGAUGAAGAUGAGAAACCCUUUGGGUCUAAAAGUCUUGAAUAAUGACCCUCACUCACAGGAAGUGAGGUUUAGUGACGCCCUGAAACGCUGGGGUGUCAUGAAAUGAUCGACCCUGAGAGCAAAGAUCCACCUUAGGAUUUAGGAUUUGGUUUUGGUGACACUCUGAGUGUCUUUGUGUGAAACUUACACGAUCACAGGAAGUCUGGCAUCUUAAAUACUUCUUAUUAUCACGCUCCAGUUCUGCCCUCAUUUUUAAAAGUAGUUCUUCCACAAUCCUCAGAUCGAGACUUGAUAAUCUCACCAUGAGGUUGCACAUGUUGCAUGUGACAGCAGUAUGAUGUUUGAUCAACAGACACUACAGCCAGUAUUUGUUGCACUGCUCUGUACUCUGCUUAUCAGUGCUGCAGGCGCCUCAUUGGUCAACAGAGCUGUCAAUCACGCCCCUUUUUUUAAAGCCUCAAACAGUUUUAUGAAAGUUAACUUCUCUGAAAAAUGAACACUGACAGAAAUCAUCAUAUUGACAGAAACCAUGUCUGAGAAAAAACAGACGUGUGUUUGGAAUUUUUAAGAUUCACACACGUCCCAUCUGUUGACAUGGAGGAGGCGGGGUUUAUUUAAUGACCUAUACCGCAGACAGACACCAGGGGGAGCUCUAAAUGUUCGGCUUCACUUGUUUUACACAGUUAACUGUCGCUGUGGAUGAAUUCAGAGUCUGAUCAACUCUGACACGUCUCUGUCAUGUGACUCGGACUUGUCGUGAAUCUUUCCUCGCUCUCCUGAGUGACUCGACUCGUUCGUGUGAGUCACAUCAUUUCAGCGUUGUGGCUGAUUUUACUCCAGGUUGUACGGUGGCUGGGAAGGGAAAUGCAGAUUUACAAAGGAUGAAACACUUUAACAAAGUUGGAGACAAAUUAAAAUUUUGGGAAACACUUUUACAUUUUGUAAAAAAAAAAUUACAUUAAAACACUUUUACCAAGAACAAAACAAUUUACAAAAUCAGGAACACUUUUAAAGAGACGGAACAUUUUUACCUGAACGACAGAUUCUUACUGAAAAGGAACGUACCAAAUACAGGAAGUGACCAGGGAGUGAUCGAGUGAUUGGUUUGCUGCACACUUAGAAUAGACAUUACAGUAAAAAAAACUGUGAAAAUUUGCAAAUAUCCACUGGUUUUAUUUUGAAAUUUCAAAUAAGAUACAGCUGUAAUUGGCAAGACAUGUUGAGGUGUUCUCUUAUCAGUCUGACUCAAAUCACUGAAGUGGGAACAGAGUUGUUAAAGGCACUAUGAGGAGAUUUUAACCAGCUGAGAGAAACAGACUGAAAUCAAUACUGAUGCCUCUUUAUGACCUUCAUAAGCAAACAAGACCAUCAACAACAACACUGAUACCUUCUCUCUAGUCAUUUGUAUUGCCUGAAACCGCUCUGAGGGGGUAGGUGUCAGACCAGAUGAUUGACAUCUCGCUUUAAACUCAGCCUUUAUUUGACUUUUUCAUGAAAAAUAAUCCGGUUGCAUGACAAAUCUGACUGUGUAAAGACAACAGGAUGAGGUUUUUGUCUGAAGACACUACUUUUGCAUCCAUCGGACAAGAAAUAAGAGGAUCACUUUGUCCACAAGGGGCGCCAAAAUCAAUAUAAAUUAAAAGUUCCUCACAGCAGCUUUAAUAUCAUGUAUAUUAAUUCCUUGCCUGUUGCACAUUUUCAUAUUACAGGUGUCUUUUAUUUUGAAAAUCCAUAUUAGAUUGUCCUUCAAAAUAAAAGACGGCUGUAAUAUGAAAAUGUGCAACAACCAGGGAAUUAAUAUACUGUAUAUUUGACAUGUUUCAACUAAUAUAUCUUGAGUCAGACUGAUAAGACAACACCUCAAAAUGUGUUCCUGCCAAUCACAGAUAAAUUGGAUUUGGAAUUUCAAAAUAAAAACCAUUGGGAAUGUAGCAUUUUAUGUGAUUAUGAACAAAGUCCCAUUUUCCACUGAAUAGUGAUCCACUAUUAGUCUGAUUUAAACUGACUGAGUGGAAACUGAGAUUUGUUGAUAAUCUCUGAUUGAAAAUAUCCAGAAUUAUUGCUAUUUUCCUCAAAUUUCGUUUGGCUCUUAUUUUGAAAAGACACAUCAGAAUGACCUCUGAUUGGCAGGACAGUCCGAUUCUCUCCGCCAAAACAAACCGCUCACACGAUCACUGUAGGAUCACUUCCUGUAUUUGGUAUAUUCCAUUUCCAGUAGAAUCUGCUGUUUGUAAUUUUUGUUUCUGGUAAAAAUGUCCUGUCUCUUUAAAAGUGUUUUAUCCAUUGUAAACCUGCAUUGCACUUCCCAGCCACCGUAAGUUGGUCCUGUGAGUCUCUUUACUCAGACUCAUGUGGACUCUGACUUCUUUUAUUUCUUCAGCUUCUAAAAACUUUAAAAUGUGUUACUCAUAAAAACUUUUUGCACUUUUAGAUAGUUUUAGAAUGAAACUCUGAUCUGAUCUUAGAUUCUGGAUUAUCUGUUACAUGCUUUAAGGAUGCCAGACACCUGUGACUCCUUCAUGGGGUCAUGUGAUCAUCAGAGGGUGCUUCACAUUCAUGAGCAGUAGACUAAAUCUCCUGCACGUGGUCUGUAGACAUAUUUAUUUAACCCUCUUAAUCCUUCAUGAGAAGGCUUCUGUUACAGACUCUCUUCAAGUCCUCCUUCUUCCUGAGCUCACUUUUUUUGAUUUUCAGCGAUUUAAAAACAAACAAGAAGACUCAAGUUUUAAUUUUCAGUGGGUGAAGUUGUGCGUCAGUCAGGCUGGGCGUGGCUGAGUCAGCUUUUAAUCUUCCAUUCCUGCUCAGUAUGCAACUCAGAUUAAAAUCCAACGCCUCUCGACCAAAGUUCACACAAACUGUGGAGAUGUUCCGUCUUCAGACUUCACAUUUCUUCUCAGUCUGUUGUAAUGCUGUGAAAUCUGUUCAUCAUGUGUCAGAAAACCUCAAAAUAUUUAUCCAAACCUUUCACAAAUUAUGCAUGAGUCUCACACAAGUAGAAGAAAAGGGGAAGCAGUGGUUUCCAGUCUGGGGUUGAGAGUCUCUCACGUGGCUGCUGAGCAUAGAAAGCACCAAAAACACAAUCUGAUGUCUUCUGCUUUGGAGCUGUAGCGUUGUCAGGCAUGUUCCCGUCACUUAUGGUGUCUGGUUUUGCUCCUAGCACCACCUGCUGGUCAAAACUUGGUUUCACUUUGUCUUAUUCUUUCGUUUUGGAUCAAAAAUCCCCAAAACAGCCUCUAAAGAAACCAACAAACGCACCCUGUGAUGAGGAAUCAGGAGCACAUACAGUCUAGUUUUGGGGGUGCCUGAGUCUAAAAAGUGGAUUUCAAGUCUGAUAUCUUCGGAUGUAGAUUUCUCUAAGGGUCUUUAGAGUAAAUUAGCUGUAAGUGAGGACUCCCUGAGGUGAAAAAUGCUGAAUAAUCCAGUCAGGUUUGGAUAUGCAACCACCUGCUCACAAAAAAAAAAUCAUGCUCCAAGUGACAUCCUGUAAUCUUUGAACUUCACAGCCAGCAGCGUUCAGCAUGUUGUAGCCUGAUGUUAACUCUCUGUAGCCACAUCUCACCGUUCACCAUGUGAACUUCUUUAUACAAACUACAAUCAGCAUGUAGCACCAUCAUCUGUUUAACUUCCACACUGAGGUGAAGCUGCAGUUACUUCACCCGACCUCAGGAUGGCGAUGUUAGUCCAUCCAGAAGGAGGAUUGUAAAGCGGGCUGACAGCUCUCUCUCUUUUAGAUUUCACAACCUUAUUCCCUUCAUCUCGCACUCCUUAAAAGGAAAACAUGAUUACUCUCUGAUCUGAUGUGAUCUGAGAUGAGCAGGAUAAGAAGUAGGGUGUCGGCACUGGACUGUCAGAUCAUGGUUGUUUGUGUGUUUGUUGGUCGUCCAGCAGUUCUGUCUCCUCUCUGCCGUUGUGGAGCUGGACUCUAAAUGACAGUGGAGUGAACCGGUAGCAGCUCACGGUGCUCACCAACCAAUCAGCUUUCCUCUUGAUCCUCACACCAACCAAAAAAAACACCAGCUGGAGUUUGAUGAUGUAGCUGUGUUUGUUGUAGCUCCAACUAGAGGUCUUCACAGGUUCAGAUUCUCAGACCAGAUCGAGACAGGACACCUGACGAACCCUGCAUGCUAAAUGUAAUCCUGCACCACUACAUUAAAACGGGACCUUUAUGGACCUGGUUAGACUGACAGUCGUGUUCCCAUCAUGGUUUCCUGAACCCUGUGAAGACCUCUGAUUCCUCAUGAUGCUGUUUUGAUGUACAAUCAGAGCCUGAAUGUUUGCUGUAACGUCUUUGAACAACAAACCAAAUGUUUCAAGCAUGUUCUCACAGAGGUCGACUGAUGACAGACGGUGAAGUGUUUUCAAUUUGAAGUAUUAUGCAAGUAUUUAUUUACAUUUAGCGGGCUGUAAUUUAGCGCUGUCGUGUAAAUGUAGUGCCCAGUGAAAAUCUUCAAAUGUUAAACGAGUUGCAUGAAUUCAUAAAAUAGUGUGCUGCAGGUUUGUUGACCUAAUACUUAUCGAGUUAUGUGAAGUAACUAUUCAGCCACAAAACUUUACCCAGCUAGCUUGAUUGCUACAUGGCGGAAGCUAAUCUUUGCAACCCAAACAGCUAGCAUCCAAGUUAGCUUGGCUAACUAGCUACAAAUAUCGUUUCAACAGAAAGGGCUGAAAAAGGUCUUCAUACCGGAUAAUGACGGAAAAAUACAUCCACACAUAUUCGUGAAAAUGGACGUGCUAGCUUGUCUCAAGCUAAUUGUUUAACACUAGAAAUCCAGGAAGUGCUAAGUCAAUAACAGUAGCUUCUCAUUGUCUCUGUUGAAAAUUUGAGAAACAAACUUGCACAAAGAGAAAUACAGCAGAGGGGAAAUUAACUUUGAGAUAAUCAGAUGUUAUCUGAAGUAGCAUUUUUAGUUGGGAAUCUAGUUAGCCUAGUUGCUAAAACCCAAAAAUACCUUUACACAGACGGUUAAACAAAACAUGGCCGACUUAAAAUUUUAUUGAGGAUGGAUUUAUUUUCAUGAAUUCAUAAAAUAGUAAAUGCUGAAGGCUUGUUGACUUUACAAGUUAAUGAACCAACUGCUAAAGUUUCUACUUUGCCAUGAAAACAUUGACUCUAUGCAGAUAUGACAACCCAUCGCUGCUAGCUAAGUUGCUAUAAGGCCGAGGCUAAUCUUUCUAAAGGUCUUCAUACCAGAUAAUGACACACUAAAAAUAAUCCACUCAUAUUCUUAAAAAUGGUUAUGCUAGCACCUUGAUGACAUAGUGACCACUAGCAGGGCUAGUUGGUGAACUGCUCUCAAGCUAACUGUUUAGCCCAAGCAAGCUAGUCAAUGACAUUAGCUUCUUUCAAUUAUCUCUCUGCUGGUCUGUUUCUGGUAUUUUCAGAAGAGAGGAAAUGUCCGAUGGGACUAAUAAGGUUCUGUCUUAUCUUAAACUGCAUUUUUUGUUUGGAGGCUAGUUAGUCACAUUUUGUUUGGCCAUCUGUUUAAAGGUAUUUUUGGGUUUUAGCAACUAGGCUGACUCUAAAAUCCUAAAAUGGCAGAUAGAUUUGCAUGAAUUCAUAAAAUGGUAAAUGCUGAAGGCUUGUUGACUUGACAAACAGUUAGCAAGCUAACAAAGUUAAUGAACCAACUGCUAAAGUUGCUACUUCGCCAUAAAAACAAUGACUGCAAAUAUGAAAGCUCAUCACUGCUAGCUUAGUUGCUACAAGGUAGAAGCUAAUCUUUCUAAAGGUCAUCAUACCAGAUAAUGACAGAAAAAGUAAUACACACAUAUUCUUAAAAAUAGUUAUGCUAGCACCUUGAUGACAUAGUGACCACUAGCAGGGCUAGUUGGUUAACUGUUCUCAAGCUAACUGUUUAACCCAAGCAAGCUAAUCAAAGACAUUAGCUUCUUCCUGUUAUCUCUCUGCCAGUCUGUUUCUGGAAUUUUCAACAGAGUGGAAAUGUCCGAUAGGACUAAUGAGGUUCUGUCUUAUCUUAAACUGCAUUUUUUGUUUGGAGGCUAGUUAGCUUAUUUUUAAAAAUGACUGUUUGUUAAACAACAAAUUACAGAUUUGUGAUUUACUGCAAACCAUAUCGUUAUUAAAAAUGAGUUUAUACUCAGAAUGAGGAAGUUAAACAAAACUGAAUAAUGACAAACAAGUUAGCAAAGCUAGCACUGUGACAGCUUGCUAACAGACGAUAGCAUGUUUUCAAGCUCGUGUCAGUUCUAAGAAACGUCACUGAGAUAUUACAAAGUUGGUGACAAACAUUUUGCUGAAGCGUUCACCAACAUGACAACUUUUUUAUUCUUCACUUCCGCCAUUUUUAUUAUCUACAGGUUAGCACGCUCAAUAAAACAAGGUCACAACAGGCUUGCAAAUGUUGAAGUCUUUGCAAAGUGAGAUGACUUAUGAUAAUCUAAAUGACUGCUGGUGACCGAGACCUUAAAGCAGUGCAGUGAAGUGUUUGUAGAAACUGUAUUAUGACUUUAAAAGUAGAGUUAACAGUAAUCAAUGAGAAGUCUUUAGUGAUGCGUUAGAUAUUUUGCUUAAAACAUGUGUAACAUGUAGACUGAAGGAGUAGCAUUGCAAUUUUUAUUUUUAUUACUAAUAAAAUAAUCUUUAUAAUCUUUCUGAUGAGUUCUCCCUAAAACGUCAGCUUGACCUCCUGAUUCCUCGAGUUUUUCUCUUUUCUUUUUUUUACUGAAGGAAUUAAUUUUAGCCCUCAGAUUAAAGGAUACAAGGAGCAUUAUUUUAUAUUUAUCUUUACGCUGUAGUUUUAAUGUGACGCUGAAAAGUAGUGUGAUCUUGUAAAUCAGUCGACCUCUAGCUGUUACCUGAGCUGUACUGAUCUUUACCUUCUGCUGUAGCGGUUUCAUCAUCAGGAAUAAAAACACGUUCAACUCUAA